UUGUUCCCCUUACUUCCCUUCUUGUUCCCCUUACUUCCCCUCUUGUUCCCCUUACUUCCCCUCUUGUUCCCCUCACUUCCCCUCUUGUUCCCCUUACUUCCCCUCUUGUUCCCCUUACUUCCCCUCUUGUUCCCCUCAUUUCCCCUCUUGUUCCCCUUACUUCCCCUCUUGUUCCCCUUACUUCCCGUCUUGUUCCCUUUACUUCCCCUCUUGUUCCCCUUACUUCCCCUCUUGUUCCCCUUACUUCCCCUCUUGUUCCCCUUACUUCCCCUCUUGUUCCCCUUACUUCUCCUCUUGUUCCCCUUACUUCCCCUCUUGUUCCCCUUACUUCCCCUCUUGUUCCCUUUACUUCCCUUCUUGUUCCCCUUACUUCCCCUCUUGUUCCCCUUACUUCCCCUCUUGUUCCCCUUACUUCCCUUCUCGUUCCCCUUACUUCCCCUCUUGUUCCCCUUACUUCCCCUCUUGUUCCCCUUACUUCCCCUCUUGUUCCCCUUACUUCCCCUCUUGUUCCCCUUACUCCCCUCUUGUUCCCUUACUUCCCUCUUGUUCCCCUUACUUCCCCUCUUGUUCCCCUUACUUCCCCUCUUGUUCCUCUUACUUCCCCUCUUGUUCCUUACUUCCCUCUUGUUCCCUCAUUUCCCUCUUGUUCCCCUUAUUUCCCCUCUUGUUCCCUUAUUUCCCCUCUUGUUCCCCUUACUUCCCCUCUUGUUCCCCUCACUUCCCCUCUUGUUCCCCUUACUUCCCCUCUUGUUCCCCUUACUUCCCCUCUUGUUCCCCUUACUUCCCCUCUUGUUCCCUUACUUCCCCUCUUGUUCCCCUUACUUCCCUCUUGUUCCCUUACUUCCCUCUUGUUCCUUUACUUCCCUCUUGUUCCCCUUACUUCCCCUCUUGUUCCCCUUACUUCCCCUCUUGUUCCCC